CAAAGUCACAACCUUUAUCACAACAAAAAAAACAAUGGAGGAAGGAAAGAUAAUGCAGGUUAGGGUUGAGGAGGAAGAAGAAGCAAAAAUUUGGAGGUACGCGUUUGGGCUUGCUGACGUGGCGGUUGUGAAGUGCGCCAUUGAUCUGAAAAUACCCGAUGCUGUCGAGAACCAUACGUCACAGCCCGUGACUUUAGCAGAUCUCUCCGCCGCCGUCUCAUGUUCUCCGGCGCUCCUCCGCCGCAUAAUGAGGUUUCUUGUCCACCAGGGCAUCUUCAGAGAAGAACCCACCAAAGAUGGCGGCGCCGGCUACACGAACACGCCUCUCUCCCGCCGUCGCCCUCCCCCUCCAAUGGCCCUUCCGAUUCUACUGGCCUGCAGCCCGGUGAUGAUGGCUCCGUGGCUGAAGCUAACCGACGUCGUAUCGGGAAAUGGCCCGAGGAAGCAGCCGUUCGAGGCGGCGCACGGGAAGGACGCGUGGGCGUACACCGCAGAGGAUCCGCGCUUCAACGAGAUGUUCAGCCAGGCUAGGGUAUCCGACACCAGGAUGGUGGUUCCUGCGGUGGUCGGUUCAUGCGCCGACGUGUUCGACGGCGUUUCGACGGUGGUCGACGUUGGCGGUCGGGACGGAGAAGCGAUCGGGAUACUGGUGAAGGCAUUCCCGUGGAUCAAAGGCGUCAACUUUGAUCUUCCCCAUGUCGUGGAAGCCGCGAAUAAGGUCGAAGGCGUGGAGAACGUUGGAGGUGACAUGUUUGAUUCUAUUCCCCAUGCCGAUGCUGUUUUCAUCAAGUGGAUUUUGCACAACUGGAACGACGAGGAUUGCAUAAAGAUACUGAGAAAAUGCAAAGAGGCGAUGCCGGAGGAGAAAGGGAAGGUGAUAAUAGUAGAGGCGGUGGUGGGACAGAAGAAGGACGACAAGUUAGAGUACGCGAGGCUCCUGUUCGAUAUGACGAUGAUGACUCAGAUGUACGAGGGCAAGGAGCGGACUUUGGGGGAAUGGGCUUAUGUCCUUCGCGAAGCCGGAUUCGCCCGACACGAGAUCAGAGACAUUAACUGCGUCCAGUCCGUCAUCGUUGCUUCCGUCUCUUAAGAAUCGGAUUAAAAGAUGUGAGGGAAUUCACAACGGGAGAAUAAAAACGUAAUCGUUGCUAAUAAACAGGUGUGAACGUUUGGUAUUUGGUUCAGUUUCAGUAUGUUAUCGGUUCUAUAAUAAUAUUUACCGAUCGAUUAUUAUGUUA